CGUGAGGAGGAAGACGCACGACGAGGUUUGGUACUGACUGUACAAAGAGAGGAAGAACAAUGAGAGGGUGAGCUGGUGUGAAGAGGUGAAUGACAUUAGACAUUACACAUGAUCUGGAAUCAGGUUGGACACCCAUGAGGAGACGCGCACACGGAACUGAAACGCGUAUGGACAAGUCACUCCUUGGUGAAGCCACGUGCUGCUGAUCUGCUGCUGCUGCGGCCUCAAGAUGGGUGGAGACGAUCACAGAUAACUGCGGUGCAACUUUUAGGUCUUCAGUCUCACAUCUACGUGAAAAGCUCUCCCAUUGUGACUGAAAUCCUGUUUCUGGCUCUCCUAAUUUAUCAAUAAACUACCAAAAACACAAACAAUGGCGUCUUACAGCCCUGCCCCAACGCAAGAGGCGAACAAUGGCGGCCCCAAAUCUGAAAAGUCUAACGAUACAGAGGAGUCCAUGAAGCUGAAGAAGGAGAUCUCCCUCCUGAACGGGGUCUGCCUGAUCGUGGGGAACAUGAUCGGCUCGGGGAUCUUCAUCUCACCCAAGGGCGUCCUCAUCCACAGCGGCUCCUACGGACUCUCCCUGCUGGUGUGGACCAUCGGAGGGAUCUUCUCCGUGUUCGGGGCCCUGUGCUACGCUGAGCUGGGGACCACCAUCACCAAGUCGGGCGCCUCCUACGCCUACAUCCUGGAGGCUUUUGGGGGUUUCAUGGCCUUCAUUCGCUUGUGGACGUCGUUGCUGAUCAUAGAGCCGACGAGCCAGGCCGUCAUAGCCAUCACCUUCUCCAACUACAUGGUGCAGCCCAUCUUCCCCACCUGUAUAGCUCCAUACUUGGCCAACCGGCUGCUGGCUGCUGCUUGCAUAUGUUUGCUAACCUUUGUGAACUGCGCCUAUGUAAAGUGGGGCACCAGGGUCCAGGACUUCUUCACCUACGCCAAAGUCAUCGCUCUCAUCGCCGUCAUCAUCACAGGCCUGGUGAAGCUGGGACAAGGUUACACACAGAACUUCGAGGGCAUGUUCGAUGACUCCUCUCAGGAUCCAGGACACAUUGCUCUGGCUCUGUACUCUGCUCUGUUCUCCUACUCUGGAUGGGACACCCUCAACUUUGUCACAGAGGAGAUCAAGAACCCAGAGAGAAACCUGCCACUGGCCAUCGCUAUUUCCAUGCCCAUCGUCACCGUGAUCUACAUUCUGACAAACGUGGCUUACUACACCAUCCUCCCCAUGAAUGCGAUCUUAGACAGUGACGCUGUGGCUGUGACGUUUGCAGACCAGGUGUUUGGCGUUAUGAACUGGACUAUUCCCUUAGCUGUGGCUCUUUCCUGCUUCGGAGGACUCAACGCCUCCAUCCUGGCUUCCUCCAGGUUGUUCUUCGUGGGCUCCAGAGAGGGCCACCUGCCCGACUACCUGUGCAUGAUCCACGUCCACCGCUACACUCCCGUCCCCGCCCUGCUCUUCAACGGCGUCAUGGCUCUGAUAUACUUGUGUGUAGAAGACGUCUUCAGGCUGAUCAACUACUACAGCUUCAGCUACUGGUUCUUUGUUGGGCUGUCCAUCUUGGGGCAACUGUAUCUGCGCUGGAAGCAGCCGGACAGAAAGAGGCCACUGAAGCUCAGUCUCUUCUUCCCCAUCAUUUUCUGCGUGCUGACCGUCUUCCUGGUGGUGGUGCCGCUUUACAGUGACACCAUCAACUCCCUGAUCGGCAUCGGCAUCGCCCUGUCAGGAGUGCCCGUUUACUUCCUCUGUAUCUACACCCCGGCCAGUAAGAGGCCACUGGGGCUACGGCGCCUCAUUGCUAAAUCCGGCGUGGUGAUUCAGAAGGUGUGCUUCUCUGUUCUGACUGAAAUGGACAAGGAAGAGUAGGCCAACAACGCUCAAAUGUAGAGCCUUGAACUCAUCGUGGCCAGCCGCCGCCGCCGCCGCCGCCUCCGCCACAUAGGUUUCGAUGGGCGGAACAUUUGGGCUUGAGCUGGACCCAGCUCUCUGACCCGUCACCCGGUGAUCAUGUUAAUGAAUGUAUGAAUGAUGGCGCCCGGGUGCUUGUUGGCAAGCAUCUAGCUGACUGAGACUUCAGAGAGAACAGAAAUCUACACCUCUUUAUAUUACUGAACUGUACGCGUUAGCAGAGGAUUAUUUAAUUGAUGUCAAGACAAGUAUUGUGUGUGAAAUUACAUACAUGUAAUACCUUUUUGAUUUGACUUUAAAAAAAAAUGGCAAAUUAUUAUUAUGGUUAAAUUGUUUAAGUGGACAGGAGAACAUCUUUGAAACUAAAAGCAUUGCUAACCAUAUUAAACAGCCUCGGUAUUAUUAUUAUUAUUAUUAAUAUUUGCACAAAGAAAAUUGAAAUUAAAAGAGACGCUGACGUAUGUGGAGGGAAAGGUUAAUAAAUGUUUUAUACAGUCAGCCGUGAGGUUCAGUGAAGGGCUAUUUUUACUAAAAUUUACUAUUUUUUUUGUGUUUGACUUAAACAUUGUCUGUUAAAUGUAACAAAUGUGACAGUUGAGCUGCAAACGUGUAUUUAUAAUAAAAUUACUCAACAUAAA